AUGCCCAUGACUGACAAUGGCAACAAGUACAUUCUUGUUAUAUCCGACUAUUUCACCAAAUUGACGAAAAGCUUCCCCAUGACAAACAUGGAAGCUGCAACAUUUUCCAAAAUCUUAUAUUUAGUCCAGGAGGUAGUUUCACGAUUUGGUGUUCCCUCCAGUAUACAUUCAGACCAGGGACGCCAGUACGAGAGCAAACUUUUCAGAAGUAUGCAACGUCCUGUACAUACAGAAGACUCGCACCACGCCCUAUCAUUCCAGAGUGAUGGCAUGAUCGAGCGUUUCAAUAAGACUCUUGUCACGAUGCUAAGCGCUUUUGCCAAUGAACACCACUCAGACUGGGAUAUAUAUUUGCCUUACGUCAUGAUGGCGUACCGAGCAUCUGUACAUGAGACGACUGGAUUCACUCCAAACUACUUGAUGCUUGGUCGGGAAGUAUCAGCACCACUUGACAUCAUGUACGAUAUGCCCAAUGCAGUCAAAUGCAUCCCUAGUAAUCAGUGGGCUUGGAAUCUCAAAAAGACUAUGGAAUGA